UUGUGAUGUACUUUAACCUACCGUCUUCACUGGAGGCAGAGUGCUUGUUGCAGCUGCUGCUGAAACUCCUCCAGCUGAAUCUCCCCGCGCGACUCCCAGUUCACCAUGUUGAGGAAGGUUGUGAGGUCCAGUAAGUUCCGUCACGUCUUUGGUCAGGCCAACAAAGCCGACCAAUGCUACGACGACAUCCGGAUCUCCCAGAUGACAUGGGACAGCAACUUCUGCACCGUUAACCCCAAAUUUGUGGCCAUGAUUGUGGAUGCCAGCGGUGGAGGAGCGUUCAUGGUUCUGCCCCUAAACAAGACAGGACGCAUUGACAUGUCCUACCCAACUGUAUGUGGCCACACAGGUCCGGUUCUGGACAUUGAGUUCUGUCCUCACAAUGACAACAUCAUUGCCAGUGGCUCUGAGGACUGCAGUGUCAUGAUUUGGGAGAUCCCAGAAGGCGGGCUGACCUCGUCCAUUACAGAGCCUGUUGUCAAACUGGAGGGUCACUCCAAACGGGUGGGCAUCCUGAGCUGGCAUCCCACUGCCCGCAACGUGCUGAUGAGUGCAGGCUGUGAUAAUGUUGUGAUUCUGUGGAACGUGGCUCGAGGAGAAGCAGUGGUGAGGAUUGACAGCGUGCACCCUGACCUCAUCUACAGCGCCUGUUGGAACAGAGAUGGCUCCAGGAUACUCACUGCCUGUAAAGACAAGACCCUGCGGGUUCUGGACCCACGCAAAGGCACUGUCAUCUCCGAGAAGGAGAAAACUCACGAGGGCUCCAGGCCCAUCAGGGCCGUGUUCGUGUCUGACGGGAAGAUCCUCAGCACUGGCUUCAGUCGCAUGAGUGAGAGGCAGGUGGCGCUGUGGGAUCCAAACAACUUUGCAGAACCUCUGACCCUGCAGGAGCUGGACACCAGCAGCGGCGUCCUUCUGCCGUUUUUUGACCCAGACACAGGAAUCGUCUACCUCUGUGGGAAGGGCGACAGCAGUAUCCGUUACUUUGAGGUGACAGAUGAAGCUCCUUACGUCCACUACCUGUCCAUGUACAGCAGCAAGGAGAGCCAGAAGGGGAUGGGCUACAUGCCCAAGAGAGGCCUGGAGGUCAACAAAUGUGAAAUAGCCAGGUUCUACAAACUGCAUGAGCGUAAGUGUGAACCUAUAGUGAUGACAGUACCACGCAAGUCGGAUCUGUUCCAGGAGGAUCUCUACCCGGACACCAUCGGGCCCGAGUCUUCGGUCGAAGCUGAUGAGUGGUUUGACGGAAAAGAGGCUCCGCCUAUUCUGAUUUCCCUGAAAGAUGGGUUUGCAGCCACCACCAAAUCCAAGGAGUUCAAAGUUCACAAGAGACUUCUGAAGACCACGACUGCCUCCGCCGGGUGUCAGCCGGACAGCAACGGGGAGGUCCAGUCUUUGAGGAAGGAAGUGAAGGACCUGAAAGCAGCCAUAGAAGAGCUGACCAAGCGUGUGAAGGAGCUGGAGAGCAAGCAUUAAACAGCAGACGUUUGGAUUCAAACCAGAAAACAGAAACCUGGAGCAGAAGUUAACAGAAAACAGACACAAAAUGGAAAUAGGAAAAAAACUGUUCUUCAUUUUUUAAAUAAAGGGUCGUUUUAAAACAAUGGUUGGUACGAAAUGUUUUAGCGUGAAGCUUGAAUUUGUUUUCUCUGUGGAUCCAGUUUUUUAAUUUCUGUAUUUUAAUAUAUGCAUUUUGUUUGAAAUAAAGUCUUCUGUAUUUUGAAAAUGUU